AUGGCUUGCUUAAUUACAUAAAAUGAGGAAAUAAAGCUUGCGUUAUUGAAUAUAGUUUGUGAAUACAAACAAUUUUCAACUCAAAUGAUAAACAGGCAACAUGAAGAAGUAAAAAAAGCUGAAACAAUUUUAAGAAAUAACAGAAUAAAAUGGUUAAGAAGAAAUAUGCCAGAAAUUAAAAAUUAAUACAUUGCUAAUUAAACUCAAAAAGGUGUAUUAAUUUCUGAGAAUUCCAAUCGCCAAAAUGAGCCCCUAUAAAAGCAGAAUACUUGCACUGAUUAAACAACCGGAAACGGCGAUGAUAAUGAUCAAAUUUAUGGAACCUUUUUAUAAGAAAUAGAAAAUUUCCUAAAAGCCAACCAUUUUAGUUUGAUCCCAACGUAAGAAAAAAUGAAUUUCAAUAAAAGAGAGGCUUUACAUUUAAUCGAAUAGAAUCGAUUAGAGGAAGCUUUGGUUGUGAUUGACGAGGCAAUUAAGAAAGACUCUAGUAAUCCAAGAAAUUAUGAAUUAAAAUCAAAUGUAUUACUAUUUAUGAACCGGCUUACAGAGUCACUAGAAUUUGCAGAAAAAGCAAUAAAAAAUGAUAUCUAAAAUGCUAAAAAUUAUGCAAGAAAAGCUUACAUAUUACUAUAGCUCAAAAGAGGUUUAGAUGCUUUAGAGUAUUUCAAUAUAGCUAUUUAAAAAGACCCUGAUGAAUAUGAAUUCGAAGUUGGAAAAGCAAAUGCUUUAUUACAUUUGAAUAAAUUUGAUGAAUGUUAAGCUAGUUAUGAUGUUGCCAUAUAAAAGAGCAACAAUAAACCAGAAAUAUAUUCAGAAAAGGCUAAUGCAUUAAGAAUACAAAAAAAACACAAAGAUGCUUUGAUUUCAUAUGGUAAGGCUAUUGAGCUGGAUUCUUAAUAACCUAGUUUUCAUUCAGGAAAAGCUCAUACCUUACAAGAAAUGAAUCGGUUUGAAGAAGCCUUAUUAGAAUGGUAAAAAGCAAUUGAUUUAGAGCCUUCUAAUUCUAAUUAUUAUUCUGGAAGAGCAUACACUUUAAGAUAGUUGAAUCGAAAUGAAGAAGCCGUAAUAUCUUACGAUUUAGCUAUUCAAAGGAAUCCUUAAAACUAUGAGCAUCACUCAGGAAAAGGUUAAAUUAAUAAUUUUGAAAUUAAGCCUAUUCGCUAAGAUAAUUGCAAAGAAACAUAGAAGCCAUAGAUUCUUUCGAUUCUGCAAUAAGCCUCUAUGCUGAUGAUGCAUAUAUCUAUGCAUAAAAAGGUUGAGCAAUCAUAAACUGAAAAUUAGGCCUCGCCUUAAGAGAGAUGA